AUGCUAACAAGGAACUGCCUGCUGCUGUUCCUUUGGAUUCUUGUCAACGAAGGCUCAGUCUCUUCUUUACGUCCACCUUUACCACCACUGGGACGGAGCAGGACAGGGAGGGAGCACGUCAGGAGCUUGGUGGGCCCGAUGAGGAAUGGGGCGGCUGGAUUUCAACGGGUCAAAAGGGGCUGGGUGUGGAACCAGUUCUUUGUACUGGAGGAGUACAUGGGGUCAGACCCGCAGUAUGUGGGCAAGCUGCACACUGACCUCGAUAAGGGGGACAGUGCCGUAAAGUACACUCUCUCGGGGGACGGGGCUGGCACUAUUUUCACAAUUGACCAAACAACGGGGGACAUCCAUGCCUUAAGAAGCCUUGACAGAGAGGAGAAGCCUUACUACACCUUACGCGCCCAGGCUGUUGACAUCAUUACCAAUAGGCCCUUAGAGCCUGAAUCAGAAUUUGUAAUCAAGGUUCAAGACAUCAACGACAAUGAGCCAAAGUUCCUAGAGGGACCAUAUACAGCCAGUGUCCCUGAGAUGUCACCUGUAGGGACAUAUGUGACGCAAGUGACAGCCACAGAUGCAGAUGACCCUACCUAUGGAAACAGUGCUAGAGUGGUAUACAGCAUCCUCCAUGGCCAGCCAUACUUCUCUGUUGACCCUAAAACAGGGGUUAUUAAGACAGCCUUGCCCAAUAUGGACAGAGAGGUGAAGGAACAGUACCAGGUCUUAAUCCAGGCCAAGGACAUGGGGGGCCAACUGGGGGGGCUGGCUGGGACCACAACCGUAAACAUCACCCUGAGCGAUGUCAACGAUAACCCACCCAGGUUCUCUAAAAGUUUCUUUCACCUAAGAGUUCCUGAGUCUUCUGCAGUGGGAUCUGCUGUCGGUAGAAUCAAAGCACAUGACUUGGACAUCGGGAAAAAUGCCGAAGUAGAGUACACAAUUGUGCCAGGUGAUGGAGGAGCCAUGUUUGACAUCACCACCAAUGAACACAACCAAGAGGGGAUCAUCAUUCUCAAAAGGCCCCUGGACUAUGAAAAUAAGAAGGCAUACACUUUUAAGGUAGAUGCCUCCAAUGCACAUCUGGAUCCACGAUUUCAAAGCUUUGGGGCUUUCAAAGACACAGCAACAGUGAAGAUUAACGUUUUGGAUGUGGAUGAGCCUCCGGUGUUCAAUAAGCCCUCCUAUGUGAUGGAUGUGUAUGAGGACACACCCGCGGGCACCAUCAUUGGAGCAGUGACGGCACAGGAUUUAGAUGCCAGCAGCAGUCCAGUCAGGUAUUCCAUUGACUGGAAGAGUGACUUGGACAGCUACUUUGACAUUGAUCCAGUGGAGGGAACGAUUUCCACAAACGAACUCCUUGACAGAGAGAGCAUUGCCCAGCACAAUAUCUCCAUCGUGGCAACCAAACUUAAUAGUCCUGUUCUAACCAGUCGAGUGGCCGUCACUGUCCACGUGUUGGACAUCAACGAGUUCCCACCUGAACUUGCCAGUCCUUAUGAGACCUUUGUGUGUGAAAAUGCCAAAAUGGGACAGGUGAUUCAAACAUUCAGUGCAAAAGACCAGGAUCUACCAACUGCUGGACAACAGUUCUCCUUCAAAUCACCAAGGGAAGAUAUAAAAAACAAGAAUUUCACCAUCCGGGACUUUGGAAACAACACAGCUGGAAUUGUGACAAAGCGGAGUGGCUUUAGACGGCGUUUGCAGGAGAUCUACUUCCUUCCUGUGGUAAUUGACGAUAAUGGCUACCCACCCAAGAGCAGCACAGGCACCUUGACCAUCCGUGUAUGUGGCUGUGAAUCAGAUGGUUCCCUGCUAACGUGCAGCGCAGAAGCCAUCUUUCUCCCAGUGGGUCUCAGCACAGGAGCUCUGAUUGCCAUCCUUCUAUGUAUCAUCAUCCUGUUAGUUAUUGUGGUCCUCUAUGUGGGCUUGAGGCGGCAGAAGAAAAAGGAAACCCUCAUGUCAUCCAAAGAGGACAUCCGGGAUAAUGUGAUCCACUAUGAUGAUGAAGGAGGGGGGGAGGAGGACACGCACGCAUUUGACAUGGGAACCCUUCGUAACCCCAAGGUUGUCAAAGAGAACCUGUACCGCAGGGACGUCAAACCUGAGAUGAAGAGAGGUGCCAGGGCACCUGUCUCUCAGGACAGCGCCGACAUCCGUGAUUUUAUCAACCAGCGUCUGAAAGAACAUGACACGGACAACUCAGCCCCACCCUAUGACUCCCUGGCCACGUAUGCUUAUGAGGGCAAUGGCUCCGUGGCUGAGUCACUCAGCUCAAUCGAGUCCCUCGCUAUAGACCUCGAGGAGGACUAUGAUUACCUCAGUGACUGGGGGCCCCGCUUUAAGACACUGGCAGGGAUAUUUGGGGAGCAGUCAGAAACUCAGUCAGACUCAACCAUCACGGAGAACACACAUUGAUGUUAUUCACAGACUCGAAAAGCAAAUAUGUAACAAUGUUCUUUUGGCCGAUGACACACAAUAUUUUACCAUUGUUUUCCUCCUAUGUCAUC